AAAAUCUCCAUGCUAUCUAUAACCAUACACUUUUAUCAUGCAAAUCUCCUAUCAACAUGUGGAAACUUUUCAAUGAAAUUACUGGCAAUAGUAAGCGAUGCAAUUUUCCCUCUUAUGAUGUUAACGCUCUUAAUCAGUCUUUUAUACGCUCUCCUUCUACUAUCAUUACUUCUAGUGUUACAAAUCAUGCAGCUGAUAACUUUCAUGACUUUAAUAUUCAUGAUGUUCUAAAAUAUCUUAAAACGCUCAAGCCCUCACGUAGCCUUGGCCCUGAUGGUGACCUGCUUAUGUUCUAAAACAAUGUGCAGAUGCUUUAUGUUCUCCACUUGCUAACUUCCUAAAUGCUACUUUUUCCAACAACGUUGUACCUGUUGCAUGGAAAGACAUUAAAAUAGUCCCUGUCCCUAAACCUGGAAAUAGCAAGAACGUAAAAUUCAGAUCCAUUCCCAUUACUUCCCCGUUUCUAAAGCUGAUGGAAAAACUAGCACUUCUUAAACUUGAACCCUCUCUUAAAAGUUUUAGACGCUGCAGCAGUCUUACACAACAGUAUCGUCCCAUCAUUAGACAAAGGUGCCAAAUACGUUCGUUGCACGUUUCUCGACUUCACUUCUGCUUUUGACUCUGUACCUAGAUGUCUUUUGCUAAAUAUGCUCUCGAUGACACAAACUGCGUCCUGGGUCACAAACUGAUUGCAUUCCUGCUUUUCAAACAGAAUGAAGUACAUUGUAUACAAAGGUAAAUCCUCUGCUGUGCUCACUGAAGCUGGUGUCCCCCAAGGUGCUGUACUCUCCCUACUUAUCUUUUCUUUCUUUCUACAUGACUCACCAUCUUCAUAUGACGUUAAUUUUGUCAAAUAUGAUGACGACCUGACUGUAUCUUUGCCUGUCAAAUGUCAAAGUGACCGCUCCAAACUAAAUGGCUUCAUAUCAGAAAUCAGACAGUGGUCCAGGGAAAACCGUCUUACCUUAAAUGCCCCUAAAUGUCAAACAGUCAAUUCCACCUUUAGGCACAAAUCUGACCUAAACAAACUGGUUAGCACUCACGAGGUGUGCAACAUAGAUUUCACUGAAAUAGAGGCCAAGCCAGAAAUUAAAUAUUUUGGCGCCAUUCUAUCUGCUGAUCUCUCCUGGUCGUCUCUUAUGUUGAUGAUUUCCAAGAAAAUAUUCCGUCUUACCUUCUACAUCAAGAAGUUAAGACAUUCUGGAAUAACCCAACCCUUACUCCUACAAUUCGUUAACUCUCCCAUUCUGCCUAUUAUUCUCUAUUGUUCCCCCUUAGUUUUUCCAGGGCUACUGAAGAAAGACUAUACCUUAUUAUGCAGGAUGUUAAAGGUUGUCAGCAGGGUAAGCAACGUGCCACUUAACCAGCUUGUUAAUAUUCUGCUCGACAGGCACAUGGACUCAUGCGAAAAAUGGGCUAAAUCCAUUCUAUCUUACUCACACCACCCUCUUCAUUCACAACUCCCCCCUUGUAUAUCAUCAGGCAGAACCAGAAGCCUAUGUAGUGAACACAAAAACUCAACCAUACCCUACCUAGCUCGUGUUCUGUACGAUAAAGGAAGCAUUAGGCGUGAAACCUAUAACUUAUUAAAUAGUCAGUAGAAAACUGGAUCUCGUCUUUCCAACUC